AUUACAUUAGAAUUGUUGUAUUUUCAGAUGAUGCUCCGACUACCAAUGAUGUGGUUUGCCUCACAGAUAAAAUCUCCAUGCCAGACUUUGACAAACUAACAGAGAAACUGAAUGCAGCUAACAAAAGUUCCACAUCAGAAUCUGAGGAUGUGGAUCUUGUCAAAGAUGAUAAAGUCAUAUCAGGAAGAAUUACCAGCAAGAAACAAAACUGAAGAAACAGUUAAAGUUGAAAGUGCUGCUAGUAAAAAAACUAGAGGAAGAGCUGGUGUAAAAAAAGUGAAAGAUGAUGAAAAAAUCGGAAAUGAAUCGAAAGUUCUAGAAAAACCUAAGCCUGAAAGGCGAAAAAGUUCGGGUAAAAGAAAAAGUAGCGUUGAUGAAAUGGGUGACAAUAAAGAAUCAGUUGAGGAUGUAACUAAGGACAAACAGGCAGCUCAGGAGAAACUGCAUCAAAGACUGAAUCAGAGAAAGAAAAAUGCAAGAGAAAAGACUAAGGGAAAAAAGUGA